GUGUUCGGUUUUAAGUUCACAUUAUCCUAAUGUCUUCAUUCAGAGUCUGCGUUUCUUUGAUCGGAAAAUCAAUGGGAGGCUUUCUAAGGUUUCUCAUAUGUUCAAUCUUGUUCUCCAUUAUAAGUAGAGCUGCUGCAGUAGAUACUAUUGCUCCACGUCAAUCAAUCAAAAAUGGUGAAACUCUAGUUUCGUCCAACGGAAGAUUUGAGCUUGGAUUCUUCAGACCUGGAAGUUCCAACCUGUACUUGGGGAUAUGGUACAAGAAACCAGCAACUGGGACUGUUGUGUGGGUGGCUAAUAGAGAAAAUCCACUUUCUGAUGGUGAAGGGGUUCUAGUUCUGUACCCAAAGGGAACUCUUGCUCUUCUCAAUAGCACAAAGGGUGUCAUUUGGUCAUCCAACACAUCCAGAAGUGCAGAAAAUCCAGUUGCACAGCUCUUGGACUCGGGAAAUCUAGUUGUGAAAGACGAAAAGCCAGAAAACUAUCUGUGGCAGAGUUUUGAUUAUCCUUCUGAUACAUUACUACCAGGAAUGAAGCUUGGAAAAAACUUCAAAACUGGGCUUGACAGGUUUUUAUCAUCGUGGAGAAGCACAGAUGACCCAGCUCCAGGUCAAUACUCUGCACGUAUAGACACUAGAGGGUUUCCACAACUACUAAUUGAAAAGGGAUCUAAAAUUCAGCACCGAGUAGGGCCAUGGAAUGGUAAUGGUUUUGAAAUGUUAACUUCUUAUGUUAAGCCAAAUCUAAUUACUACGCAUGAAUAUGAGUUAAAUGACGAAGAGGUCUUUGUAUGGAGGGGGAAUCAUGAUUGGGAGCUUCUGUUGAUGCGUCCCCUGGGUCUUUGCCAAAACUAUGCUUUCUGUGGAAAUUUUGCUAACUGCAAUAUUAAUAGAUCUGCUGUAUGUUCAUGCCUGGAAGGAUUUGUGCCCAAAUAUCCAUUAGAUUGGAUCUCAGGAAAUUGGUCUGGUGGGUGUGUUAGAGAAACUCCCUUGGAUUGUGAUAAAGAUGUGUUUCUCAAGCAUACAGGGUUGAAAUGGCCGGAUACAUCCAUUUCCACAGUAAACAAGACAAUGACCCUCAAGGAAUGUGAGCAAAUGUGUUUGACAAACUGCUCCUGCACAGCAUAUGCAAAUGCAGAUAUCAGAGCUGGGGGAAGUGGAUGCUUGCUGUGGUUUGGUGACUUGAUUGAUAUAAGAGAACUCACAGAGGCUAGGGAAGACUUCUAUAUACGGCUGGCAUCUUCAGAGACGGCUCAUCCUGAGUCGACAAAGAAAUUGAGGAAGAGGAAGCUAGUAGCAAUCAUAGCAAGCUCUAUUAUCCUUGGCACUGGAAUCAUAAUAUUGGGGUUUGUUCUCCUUUUAAGGAAGGAAAAACAUAGUAAAGAAGGACUGAAAAAAAGGGAUUUCAGAAAGGAUUAUGUGAAAUGUGGACAGAAGGAAGAGAUGGAGUUGCCGAUGUUUGAUUUGAAAACAGUAGCUAGUGCUACAAAUAACUUUUCAAACAAUAACAAACUGGGACAGGGUGGCUUUGGUACUGUGUACAAGGGUACAUUGUUAGAAGGGGAGCAAGAAAUAGCAGUAAAGAGACUAUCAAGGAGUUCCGGACAAGGACAUCAAGAGUUCAAGAAUGAAGUUAUCUUGAUUGCAAAGCUUCAGCAUCGAAAUCUUGUAAAGCUUCUUGGUUGUUGCAUUGAAGGAGAUGAAAAAAUGUUAAUCUACGAGUACUUGCCAAAUAAAAGUUUGGAUUGCUUUAUUUUUGAUAAAGAAAGAAGCAAGCAAUUAGACUGGAAUAGGCGUUUAAGCAUUAUUGGUGGAAUUGCUCGAGGACUUCUUUAUCUUCAUCAAGAUUCUAGAUUGAGGAUCAUUCAUAGAGAUCUCAAAGCUGCCAAUGUUUUACUAGAUGGUGAAAUGAACCCAAAAAUUUCAGAUUUUGGCUUGGCCAAAUCAUUUUGGGGAGAGCAAACCGAGGCCAAUACGAAUAAAGUGGUUGGAACAUAUGGUUACAUGUCUCCUGAGUAUACUGUGGAUGGACUUUUCUCAGUUAAAUCUGAUGUUUUUAGUUUUGGGGUUUUGGUACUUGAGAUAGUAACUGGGAAGAGGAACAGGGGAUUUUGGCACCCAGAUCAUGAUCAUAAUCUUCUUGGACAUGCAUGGAUAUUGUGGACAGAAGGGAGGCCAAUGGGACUAGUUGAGAAUGUCCUUGGUGAUUUUACUGCACCAUCAGAAGUUAUGAGAUGCAUUCAUAUCGGGCUGUUAUGUGUACAGCAAAGACCAGAAGAUAGGCCAGACAUGUUAUCUGUGGUUCUAAUGUUGAGAGGAGAGAGUGCAUUGCCUGAACCAAAGCAGCCUGGGUUUUUCACAGGAAGGAAUCUUCCUAUCGUUAAUUCUUCAGGAUGCAAGACUGGAUCAAGUUCAAUAAAUGAGGUUUCAAUUACUCAGUUAGAUGGACGCUAGAGGGUAAUUCAAAUAUCAGUGAUGAUUAUAUGCCAAAGUUGUAAGGGUUUUAUUGCUAUUAUUAUUAUUGUUGUUAUGAGUAAUUUUUGAAGUUAAAACGUAUAAGAAUGGAUAAAGGGUUUAUUUAUUU